AUGUCUGCAACAUCUACGAUAGCAGUGCCGCCGGCCGCUUCGACGACCGGCUCAGGGCCUGGUAACAACCAUGGCAACAACGGUCCUACCAGCUCUCCAUUGCUAUUCUUUGUCGCUCUGGGGUUUGGUGUGGUUUUCACAAAUCUCUGGAUAAUCGUCGGCGUCAAGUAUUGCUUCCGGUACAACCAGCGCAAUCGCCAAGCUAGGCUGGGCGAGAAUGGGGAUCCCAUCGACAUGACAGCAGUACCUCGAGCGCACCGCAGAAGGAGGGAGAAGAAGCUGAUGACAAUGGAAGAAGUGAACGCGCGGUUUCCGCUGGUGAAAUACAAACAGUGGAGGGCAACGCGCGAACAUGAAGGACUUCCUGCCGCUGGCGGUGUCACGGCUCCACCGAGCCGAGCUCCCAGUGUGAAAGAUGCAGACGGGGUCAUUGGGGCAUCUGACACGUCGCGCAUAUCAGGCGAGACCGCCAGACCCGCAACCGCAACCGCGCUUCCACCUCCUCAGGAAUAUUACGCCGCUACCUCCAGUACCACUCCCCCGCCACCCCUCGUUACCGCCUCUACCAGUGAUGCUGAGAAGGAGGAAAAUCUGGAAAAAGUAAAAACCACGACUAGCACAGUUGGAGAUCAUCCGAAGGCAGGAGACGAGUCCGACGACGAAGAUGACCCGAUACGUACCGCUGCUCCGCCGGAGAUGUUAGCUACACCUGGCGACUGCUGCGCCAUCUGCCUGGACACUUUAGAAGACGACGACGACGUGCGCGGCUUGAGCUGUGGUCAUGCCUUCCACGCCGGCUGCGUCGAUCCUUGGUUGACCAGUCGUCGGGCCUGCUGUCCGCUCUGCAAAGCCGACUAUUACGUCCCCAAGCCGCGACCAGAAGGCGAAACCGAGGUACCCAUUACAGGGCGCCGCGCGGUUGGCAUGAGCGGGCUUCGAAUGAAUCUUCCGAAUGCACCGCAAGCGACAUGGAUAGGCUCAAGAAGCGGGGACGUGCCUCUCCGUCCACGCAUGCUGUUCCUACCCAGCAGCCGGUUUUUCGCUGUCGAUCCGUUACGUCGAUACCCCGACGCUGGUCCUACUCGUCCGCCAGACGCUGCGGCGGCUGAGAGUUACGAGGAUCCUACACAAGCAACUACGAAUCCAACGAGGACGUCGAGAUUCAACAUCCCCCGGCCAUCGUUUGCAUCCAUGUCGAUGCCGUUCCGCAAUCGCGCUCCAGCGGAGACGGCGUCGGCGCCAGCGUCAACAGCAAAUCCCACACCAGCCCAGCUCGAGGCUGGGACAAGAUGA